AUUACUUCUUAUCUAUUUGUUUCAACUAUUUUUUACUAUUGUAUAAAUCCGGAGUGAAAUUCAUCCAAAGUUUUCGCUGUAAGUAACAGUUUUUGUUUGCUGAUUUAUCGGGAAACGUGCUAACCUCGAAAAUGUCCGGCAAAGGCGCGAAAAAGGCACCGAAGAAGAAGGGUGCUAAUGGUUACAAAUUGCCCGAUCCUAUCCCUAAUGGAGAAAUUUUAACAGAUAUGGCUAAGAAACGAUGGAUAAUCGGACCUUCUAUCGGUGUCGGUGGUUUCGGGGAGAUUUACUCAGCUGCUUCCUACACCGAUGGAAAAUCUAAGACUUACCCAUACGUCGUCAAGAUAGAACCUCACGAAAAUGGGCCGCUGUUUGUGGAGAUGCAUUUUUACAUGCGUAAUGCUAAGCCAACCGACAUCGAAUCAUGGAAGAAAGAACAGAAACUUCCAUUCCUUGGAAUGCCAAGCUAUAUUGGUUCUGGUAGUCACGAGUGCCAUAACACAAAGUACAGAUUUGUGGUAAUGGAACGAUUUGGAAAAAACUUAUGGGACUUAUUCUUGGAAAAUAAUCGUAAAUUUCCAGAACACACAGUGUAUAAUAUUGCCUUGCAAAUCAUUGAUGUAUUGGAAUAUAUGCACAACAAAACUUAUGUGCAUGCUGACAUAAAGGGUGCAAAUUUGUUGCAAAGUCUAAAGUCUGCAGACCACAUUUAUCUAGUAGAUUUUGGGUUGGCAUCACACUAUACAAAUAAGUCUGAGUACAAGUCUGAUCCUAAGAAAACUCAUAAUGGUACAAUUGAGUACACAAGCAGAGAUAUGCACAUGGGAAUCCCAACGAUGCGGGGUGAUUUUGAAAUUCUAGGAUAUAACAUGAUACAAUGGCUAUGCGGUUCACUACCUUGGGAAAAAGAUUUAACAGAGCCAUUGAAUGUUCAGAAACAAAAGGAGAAAGCCUUCGAAGACAUUCCACAGUUUUUAAAAAAAUGCUUUUCUCAUACUGUACCUGAAUCUAUUGGCGAGUUCAUGAAACUGACAAAUGGUACUAAAUUCAAUGAGUCACCAAACUAUGCCAAAUUCAAAGAUAUCCUUGUCAGAGCAGUACAAGAUAUCGGUUACAAACCAGGUGAUAGAUUAGGAUUUUCUGCUGGUAGUGCAGUUCUGAAAGUUUUGGCAACACCUAGAAAAGUGAAAAAACCACAGACUGGAGGCUUGAGGAAGAGCCCUCGAAUACAAAAGACAAGAAGUCCAAGUCCUGUGUCAAACACACUCAAUGACAGUGAUCUUGGGUCGUUGAUAAUCUCUAGUAGGAAAGGAAAACGAGGUCAAGAUAAGCAAAGAAGAUUGAAGGAGGUUGAGGUCACAGAUGAUUCGGACACGGAAAUUGAAAUAAAAAUCAAAAGAAAGAAGAAAAAUAAGAAAGAUGAGAAUUCAGAGGUGGUUAAUAAAAAUAUUGGCAAGAAAACAUUGAACCGGCCAACAAAAAAAUCACAGAAGCAAUACGACCCUGAUGAAACGGUAUCCGAUGAUCAAAUGCAGCUGCAGGGAACUAAAUCGCGACCGAAAGUGAUAACAAAACCAAAGAAACUUAUUGAAUCUGAUGAAUCACUGGUCGAAAACGACAGUGAUGAGGAUAUGUUUCGCGAUGAUGACGAGGACGUAUGUAAUGCAUCAUCCAAAAAGCCUGCAAAAUCGUGGAAAGAUACUCCAACAGUGAAAAGUAGUAACGUUAUCAAACCGGGGGAGUAUAAAAGUGUGAAUAAGAGUAAAACGCCAAGGCAGAGGAGAGGUAACUUGUGUCUAUAAUAAACUUCAUCAAAUCGUACUAAUCCCAAUGAAUAUUUUCAUUUUAAAGUUCCCGCCCUCCAGAUGUUAUCAACUAGU